CCCACUCGUCAAACAACCAAUCACAAAACAAACACCAAAACCCAACCAUCACAAAACCCAGCCACCAGAUCACAAAUCAAAAAACAACCACCAUCACAAACACAAACAUAGCCAUCACAAAAUUUCACCUACCACCAAAUCCGAUCCACCACCAAAUUGUGACCCACAACCCAACGUGACCAGGUGACCCAUAGUGACUCACAUCCAUGGGAAAAUGGUGAGAGAGAGAGAGAGAAGGAAAAGCAAGAGAGGGCAAGGGCGAGAGGGCUGGAGAGAGGAAGAAAUAGAGAGAACUAGUGAGAAAGAAUGAAAAAAGAGAGGAGAAAAACCAAUGAAAGAGUGAAGAAAAUGAGAAGGAAGAGAGAGAAAAGAGAGUCCGGAGAAAGAGUUACAGUGAAUUGCCAUAAAUAGUAGACUACUGUAACUCAGUUGCAAAUGAAAGUACUCCAUAUAGAUGCGACAAUCCCAAUUCCCAAGCGUUUCAUCUUCUAACAUCCUCUUUGUUCACCAGAGCUUCAUUUCCGACAUAUAUUUCAACCUCUCAAUUCUUCUUGAUUCAGUGGUCUGAUCACUUUUUUUAGUAUAAUACACAACCACGAUGGCAACUUUAGGUACUACCACUCUCUAUGAAAUCGCAACCGCGAUGGCAACUUUAGGUACUACCAUUCUCUAUAAAAUCUUGUAUAUCCUGACUUACGUCCUUUUCAAUUUCAUUCUUAUCUUUGCCAUCAGCCUAAGCAUUUACUGCUAUUGCCGUCGGAGAAAAAAAAAAAUCAGACAUCGACCAUGAGUCGAAUAAAAAAGAUUGGGAGUUGCUGCGUAGUUUUCAAAAAGACGUGGACAACGUUUUGAAGUCAGGUUCUCAAAUGAAUAACGAAGCCAAUGUGCUCUGGCAAAACAAUGAACACCAGCAGGGAAUGACUGCACAACUACAAAAAUCUGUGGCAGACUGGUAUGAAAAAAGUAUGGGGGAUCUCCCUAAUAGUGCUGAAUUCAAUGAUAAAAGUUAUAAAAGCAAGGAUGAAGACCAAAAACUCAGGCAAAUGGUAGAUGAAGCCGAAAAAAUCCACCGAAAUUUGGACAAGUUAAAGGACAAGAUCAGAAACUUGCAGGUCAGACCUAUUGAUGAUGAACGGCAGGCUCUUGUGCAAAAAGAAGACAAAAAAUUCGUUGAGGAUCUCAUUGCUGCUGUGCAGAAAGUAGACAAUCUCAUCCCUGAAGUGAAAAAGGAAGACAAAGACGAACCCAUUGCUGGCACUUCAGAUUUACCUGGUGAUAUCAAAGCUGAAAUACAGUCGUUCACAUUGUAUUGGGCACCAUUCCGUGCUUUCCUGAUCGAUCUACAAAGUUCUGGUCUUGAAACUAAAACGGAGAAGGCCUGGUUGGAGGAAGCGAAAGGGAUCAUUAAUAAAGCUCAGCGUGCUGUCGAUAAGUUUAUAAAGAAUACCAGACAAUGGAAGUGGAUGCUCUCAUAUUUUAUUAAUCAGAAAGCAAGGACAGAGCUUAAAGAGGAGAUGAAGCGCAUUAACACAGGGUUCGAGAAAUUCCUCGAGAGAAAGGAGAGGUUCGGUAUUCAAUUUAAAAGAUACUCCACCAGAAGAGAAAUAGACCGAUUACAAUCCAUAUCUGGAACCUCACAAGAGCAGGCAUCCAAUAAUGUGCAGAUCUCAGAAAAUGGCAGAGGUAAUUUUAUUAAUGAAUUAGAGAAACUCAAGAAGACGUAUGAGAAAUCACUCAAAAUGGAGUCUCUUGAAAGGCUCCAAGCUUUAUGCACGACGUUUACCAAAGCCCAUGGUGAAGCUGCAGAAAAAGAAGAAGGCAUAAAAAGUUCAACAGAAGAGGAAAAGUUGAAGCAAAUAAAAAAUUUGACUGAAAAAACAAAGUAUUAUUUAGAAAAAUAUGAAAAGAAUUCAGAUGAGCUGAGUUGCAUCUGUAAAUGGUGGAGAAGUCCCGCGAAGAAACUUCAUGAGAAGUUUGACAAAAUUAAGGGAUCUUUGGAAAUUAUUGAAGAAACUACAAAGGCAUACAAGUUUGAAAUUAGAAAAGAUAUGGGAGUAGUCGGUUUGGAUGAAGACAUACAGGCAGUGGCCUCACAACUGAUAACUGGAAAUAAACAUGUCGUUUGCGUUGUGGGAAUGAAGGGUAUCGGUAAGACCACCCUGGCAAAGAAUAUAUAUCGCCACAGUGAUAUUUUGGAUCAUUUUCCGGCACGUGCUUGGGUGACUCUAACUGAUCUAAAGACCAACGAUUACGAUGCCAUUUUUAAAGAUGUGGCAAAGCAGGUCUCGGAACCUGAUAUUAAUGGAUCACAGGAGGAAGAGAACAGAAGGGGAGAGUGGAAGAAUAAGGUAUGUGCUAUCUUGAAGAAGAAGAAGUAUUUCGUGGUUCUAGAUGAUUUCACAGCGGAAAACGACUGGGAAACUCUAAAAGCAGCAUUUCCAGAGACAAUUUUGCUCACCACACGUGACCAGUGUGUAGUUAGGACAGUGUGUGGCAAACUCCAUUGUCUUAGAUUACGAACCAAAGAAGAGAGCUGCAGAUUGUUUAUCCAGAUGAUGGGAGAUGACUUUGAUUUAGCUCCUAAGGACGUAAAAAAAUUAGCUGAAGAAACUGUUGGACGAUGUGGGGGCUGGCCACAUCAAAUUUUACAUUUAGGGUAUCUCAUGUCAACGGAAGAUGAUAAGUUGCAAGAAUGGCCCAAGAGCAUCACUCCGGCUCAGGAACCAUGGCUCAAAUACCUGAAAAUUGAAGGUCAUAUCACACUCAAAAAUUGGCUUGAGAGUCGUAAAAUAGAAAUUAAUGAUUGGUUUGACCAUGAAGGUAAAAAUGAUUUGCUUGACAAUUUGAGAAAAUUUUUUGCUUUCUUCUUUAGUCUCUUUCCUAGAGACUAUGAAAUUCCUGCAAGGAGAUUGGUCGCUUUGUCAAUUGCAGAAGGGUUGGGGUUGGGGGAAGAAGGUCGUGACAAGAAUAAAACCACGAAACUAGUUGGUGCGGACACCACAUGAUGAUACAUCUGUGGAGAUUAUCUUUAUCAUUUAUGUUAUCUUUAUUUGGGUUUAUCUUUAGUAUUGGAUUAGUAUUUGAGAUUGUUAGGAUUAUCGUACUAGUAUUUAAGAUUGUUUAGGAUUUGUUUAAGAGAGUUUAUCUUUAUCAUUAUGAUUCCUGGAAGCUGUAUAUAAAGCUCCAGACGGUUCCUUUUGUAUUUUACAGACUAUUAUUAUUAUUGAGAUUAUUUUCAUUGAUUUGUUU